CUACCAAAUGGCCUGACGAUAUUAAGGGAGUUACUUACGACAACCGUUGAAGUUGUAGACUUUUGGUAAUUUUUGCAGCCAUGUUCUCCAGGAUCGCUCACAGGAGGUUACUCCUGUUGAGAUCGUCCAGACCUCCGACAGUGCUCAUACCCCGCCGAGGUCUGGUUGCGGCGCCGAAACCUGGCGAUGGACCGCUCAUGGAACGACGGCCCGAUCGGGCUUUACCAAAUGUGGAAGCGACGCGCUUCCGCUGGUAUCGCACCCUUCCAACCUUCCUGGCCAUCGUAGCGGCCUGCUCGGUCGCCAUCUUCAACUACCAGAAGCUCUCCAGUCCCGUCGUCAGCUCGACCAUGUAUGCCCUGCGGCACUCGCAGAAGGCGAGGGACUAUCUCGGCGAUGAGAUCUACUUCAAGAACCAGAUUCCGUGGAUCGGCGGCGAGAUAAACCAGCUCCACGGCAGGAUAGACAUCAAGUUCAAGGUCAAAGGCACCAAGGACUCGGGGUUGAUGCGGUUCGCCAGCAACCGGCCCACGGCCAAGGGCAUGUUCGAGACAACAGAGUGGAGCCUGGAGACGACCGACGGGAGGCAUAUUGAUCUCCUCGACGGGGCCGACCCGUUCAGCGCUAUACGAGUUGGUGGUGACUUGGAUGAUUUGGACGCGGAAGAGGACGUCUCUGCGACUCGCGGAUUCAGGAAAUAGACCCCCGUCCAAUGUCAUGGAGGCAUGAAGAUAUGAGACUGGGGGGUAAUUCAGCGCCCCUGAUCGAGAGAAGAAGAAAAAGGUCCGGAUCUAGAUGUACAAUACCUAUAUCAAGUGUGUGUAUAUUACAUGACAUCAAGCCGCCAGCUCAGUCUGCGCCGGCGCCUCUGCCACUCCCACAGCCAGCAUCUCAUCUAUCCUCCCUUGCCGUCUCGCCUCCUUCAGCUCCAAGUGCCGU